AUGCCAAUGUUGCGAAAACAGGCAAGAAUUUCGAGGGCCAGAGUACUUACAUUCGUAAAAAGAGUAAAGGGCAAGCCAUCGGCAAUGCCAACUCUUGUUAAGGAUGAUCAGGUAUUCUCUUGCAUUUUGGCUCUUGCUCUGGCAUCCGCCCAAGCCGGUCAUCUAUCUCAUCACGGAGACAGCUAUGAUCUAGGACAUCACAGCAGUGAUUUUCAUCACACCGACAUUCAUCACAGCGAAGGUAUACAUCUGGGUCACUCUUCGCAACUACUUGUGAAUGAUCAUCACACUGUUUCACAUCAGCCUGUUUAUCAUCAUUCCGAUCAUCAUGGCGCCUAUGAUGAUGUACAUCAUGAUGUUGGUCACCAUGAUGCUGGUCAUCAUGGUGUCUAUGCUGCUGAUGUACAAAAUGCUCCCGCGGCCAAGAUUAUUCAUCAUGAACCCAUACACAAGGUAGAGCCUGUACAUCAUGUGACCAAAGUGGUACAUCAUGAGCCCCAUCAUUUCUUGCAUUACACCAAUUCGGUGGUUGAUCAUCAUGUGGUCCAUCAAAAUCAUCAUGACAAUGAACAUCAUCAUGCUGAAGAUUUACAUCACUCGGAAUUGCAUCAUGGUGAUGCUGCCCAUCAUGGAGAUUUGGUACAUCAUGGCGAUUUGGUACAUCAUGAUGAUGCUCAUCAUGAUGAUGUCUUGCAUCACUCUGCUUUGGUUCACCAUGGCAAUGGUUAUCAUUAUGGUGCUACCAAUAAUCAUGCUGCUGUUGUUCACCACGCCGAUGCCCAUCAUCAUUCGGCUCUGGUCCAUCAUGCUGUACCUGUGCAUCAUCAUCGCAGUGCGGCUAUUGUCCACAAGGUCUAUCCAGCCCAUUGGCAUAGCAAAGUGAGAGUAACCGAAAAACAUUAUUAG